AUGAGUAAGAGAAGAGAGAAGCGUGACUAUUCUUUAAGUGACGAUUCUGAAGAAGGCACAAGGCAACACAGAAAUCGGAAAAGAGAUCGAAAAGACAAUCGUCAAAAUUCACGAAGAGACGUUCAACCUGUCGAAGAACAGCCGACACUUGCACCAAUCAAAGAGAGAAUAGUUGAGACUUCCAAAUCGAUCGAAGAGAAGAAACCACGACACCCCACCCGAGACAUGGAUGACUACGAUUUACUCACUUCGAUGGGCGUGAAAGGCUUUGGCAGUUCCAAAGGACUCAAAGUUUCCGACAACAUUGAAGGGUUCUCCAAAAUUAAAGCGACGAGUAAGAUAUUCAAUCUUCUUAUCCAGAAGCGUGGGACUUACCAAAACCCAAUCGACAUCAAACUCAAAAAGUAA